GUCUUUGACCACAACUUGCAGGGAGCCGAUGAGAAGCUGACGUGGGCUUUCAACAACUGCCCGGAAAAGGCCCUGGCCAAUCGCCGGCGAAUUCUGUUGUAUUUGGUACCCUGCAAGCUCCGCCUCGGGGUUCUUCCGACACAGGAGCUUUUGCACAAGUACGACUUGGACGUGUUCUUCGAUGUCGUGCGUGCCAUCAAAGAGGGCAAUGUGCAGCUCUUCAAUCAGCGGAUGCAGGAACUUAGCGCUGAUCUUAUCAAGAUGGGCACAUACCUUCUGAUGAUGCGCCUGAAGUUCAUGGUCCUACGCAACCUCACCAAGGGGAUCUUCCGUGAAGUGCGGGGGAGGCUCACGGACAAGAGUGACAAGCUGGACUUUGCGCCGUUCGAGCAUGUCUUUGGCUGGCAAGAUGGGUGUGACGCGGAUGAAACAGCAGCCUCCUUGGCGACGCUGAUCUACAGCGGCGCGGUUAAGGGGUACUUGAGCCACGACCGCCGCAAGGUAGUCUUCGCGAAGGACGCCCCUUUCCCGCCGCCCUCGAAGUGGCGCGUGUGA